GAGGGCCCGUGCGCGGCGCCCUCCCGCGGCGCCCGCGCGGGCGGGCCGCGGCGCCCGCCCGCCGAUGCCGCCGGCGCGGAGGCCGCGGGAGACCGUCUUCCAGGUCCGCUGCGAGACGAGCUUCGGGGCCGAGGUCCGUCUGGUCGGCUCCACGGAGGCGCUCGGACAGUGGGACCCCGCAAGGGGCUUGCGGCUGGAGACGAGCCCGAAGCUGUACCCCAGCUGGCGCUCGAGGCCGACUGCGCUGCUGGAGGAGGGAGAGGUCGAGUACAAGUACGUCAUCGCCGCCGCUGGCCAGGAGGUCGCCUGGGAGCGCUGCCCGAACAGGCGCCCGCCGCCCCUGUGGCGCGAGGCCAGCGAGGACUGCUUAGCUGUGCUCAUCCAGCACUGCUUCGGCGACCCCGCCGAGGAGCGGGCGGUGCAGCUGAGGCCGUUCCCAGACAGGCGGGCCUUCUCCUGCCUGCGGAAGGCCGCCAGCUCGCCGUGCAGGGGGGCGGCCCUCCGUGCGUGCUGCGCCGGGCUAGGGUGCCACGAGGAGCCCGCCGGCGGCCGGGGCGUGCUGGAGGAGCUGGUGCCGGAUUCAUGUUCGGCCUCGGCCGACGGUAGCAGCUCCGGCGUGACCAGGGCCAGCAGCUCGGAUUCGAUGAACCUGCUGGACGAGGUGGCCAAGGAUGAGCGCGGGCGGGACCGCCAGCAGCUGCUGGUCUGGCCUCCCGGCGUCUUUGCUGGCCACGUCGACGUGCUGGGGUCCUUCACCCAGCCGCCGUGGGGCAGGCCGCUCGCGCUGCACCUCUGCCCCGAGACCGGGGUCUGGUGGCUGGCCGUGGAGGAGGCCCUGCCGGGCCUGCAGCCGGGCACCUACGAGUUCAAGUUCCGGCGCAACGGCCAGGACUGGGCCGUCAACCCGGCGCUGCCGGUCCGGCGCACGUCCGAAGGGGCGCAGAACAACACGCUCGUGAUAGACCGGCGGCUGAUGGCGCGCAUCGAGCGCAGGGCCGGGCAGGCCCCAGCCGCCGCGCCGCCGCGCGGCCCAGUGGGCGCUGCGGCCCAGCUGCCGUCCGCGCCGCCGCCGGCCGCGUGCCGCGGGGUGGCGCUCGCCGAGGAGGGCAGCGACGCCGCAGGCCCCGCGUCGGGCAGGCCGGACGACCAUUCGGCCGACCUGCGGCUCGCGCCCAGGCGCGCCGUGUCCACGGCGGAGAGGCUCUGGAACGGCGGCGACGACGGCGGCGGCCCAGGCACCCCAGACUGGCAGCAGCGCACGGCCUCCAUGCCGCGGCUUGCCAACGGAGGCUGCAGGGGGUCGCUGCCACUGGACGUCCUUGGAGGCCUGUCCGGCGUGUCGGAGGAGGAGGGCGACCUGUACGGCACGGACGUGUCGUUGCUGCUGGAGCUCCCAGAUGUGAAGCGGUGCACGGGCCUCGCUCUGGUGGCGGGCGCCUUCAACAGGCCGAAGGACGGCACGGUCGGCGAGGAUGCCUACUUCCUGGAGCUGCCCUUUCUCGGGGUGGCCGACGGCGUGGGCGGCAUGCAGCACGUGCUGGGGCACAGCUCGAAGGCCUUUGCCGAGGCUCUGAUGUCGAGGUGCCGAGAAUUUUCCUGCGAGUUCGCCGCCGCCGCCGCGACGGGCUCGCUCAGCGCGCUCGGGCCAGGCCGGGCCGCGAGGCAGGUGCUAUGCGAGGGCUACCGCGAGGUGCAGGUGCACGGCGCCUCCACCGCCGUCAUCUCCUGGCUUGACUCCCGCACCAACAAGCUGGGCGUCGCCGUGCUCGGGGACUCGGGCGUGAUGGUGGUGAGGAGGCCUACGUCCAGGCUGAGCGAGGCUGCCGAGGGCAGGGUGCACAGCACGCGCAGCUCCGUGGUCUUCAAGUCCCCCUCCCAGCAGCACGACUUCAACUACCCCUACCAGCUAUGCCGGCUACCCGCGGCGUUUCGGAGGCUGCAGCUCCGGGGGCCAGACAAGCCGACCGACUGCGCGGUCUUCGAGGUAGAUGUCGAGGAGGGAGAUCUCAUCCUCUGCUACAGCGAUGGUGUCGACGACAACCUCUACGACCAGGAGAUCCUCGACAUCUGUGACCGCGCCCUGUCGCCGUACGCGGCACACGUGCUCGGGCUGCCGGACCGGGACGCCACCCCCCCGGAGCUGGUCUCGCGCGCCGUGGGCGCCGCGGCGUACACGCGGUCGCGCGACCAGAAGGCAAGGGUGCCCUUCGCCGACGCGGCCAGGAAGGCCGGCUGGCCCACGGCGUGGUGUCGAGGCGGCAAGGAGGACGACAUCACCUGCCUGGCCGCGUGGGUGCAGCACCAGCCCACCGGCGCCCAGGCCACGCCUGGCAGGGGCGCUUGACGCCCGCCGCACCGCCGAGUGCAGAUGCGCCGCCACGUGCCACGGAGGCCUGGGCGAGGGCGCCGUGCAGAUCGGGUGCGGCAGGGCCGCGCCGCGUCGACGCGGCGGCGACGCCUCGGCUACACAGAGGGGCCCAGCAUGGCCCCGACGAGGAGCAAGCCCUGACGUCUUCGCGUCGUAAGUUUUUGGACGUGUUCUGGCCUUCUUGGAGGCUCUCUCGCCUCGAGAUGCCUUCCAGCAGGUUGGGCGCCUUGGCGCCACACAGAUGGAAGAAGCGCAGCGGCGCGAGAGAAGUUUUCGGCCGCUGCCAUGCCGCAUUCUGCCGCGCGCGCGGCCUGAGCAGGCGUCUCGCGAUAAGUGUGUAGGGCCUCGCAAUACCUCACAGUUCGUUUUAAUCCGAGAAAAGGAGAGGCGACACCACCACCACCAGCGGGCCGCCUCCAGCGAGGACGUCCCCGAUGCUUUCCUCGAG